CAAUGGCACUCAGCAGGCCCAACUUGUCUAAAGAAAAGAUGAAACCUGUGUGCAACUCAGGACGGAAAGAAGGCCACACAUCCCUCAGAGACCUUUUAACUGGUUAUCAAUGAGUCUUCUUCUGGAUCUGGACUGGGAAUUGUCUAAGGAGGGCUACUGCUGUCAGAUCUCUCACAUUCAAUAAAUUGUCUACACACUUGAUAUGAAAAGGAUUAUUUCAUAAUGACUUUGAGAAAUUCCAGAUCUUUCAGUUAAGUCUUAAAAUUGCUUCACAUGAAGGAGAAAACCUUGAUCAAAAGAAGAAUGGUCUGACUCACAGGUCAGCUUCAGAAUAAAGCCAAACCUAAAAAACAGCGAUCCAGAAUCUUUCCAUGACCAGAAGAGAUGAGCACUGAGAGGCCUUUCAACUUAAUCAAACACCCAGGGCAGACAAGCAUUCCUUCCCUUGAAAAUAUAAGUGAUUUUUCCUUAAAUGUCACUGACUGCACCCAGGUUGUGGUGCCAGAGGAAGUUUUUUUCACUGUUGCUGCUGCUGGAAUACUGGAAAAUCUGCUUAUCCUUAUUGCUGUUGUUAGAAAUAAGAACUUGCAUUUGCCCAUGUACUUCUUCAUUUGCAGUUUAGCCAUUUCAGACAUGUUAGGUAGCUUGUACAAAACUCUGGAGAACAUCUUCAUCAUCUUGUGCAAAAUGGGAUACCUGACACGUCAUGGGGACUUUGAGAAAAAACUGGAUGAUGCCAUGGAUUCCAUGUUCAUUCUGUCUUUACUGGGAUCUAUUUUCAGCUUGUUGGCUAUUGCAGCAGAUCGAUACAUCACUAUCUUCUAUGCUUUGCGGUACCAUAAUAUCAUGACCCUGAGAAGGGCCUUGGUUAUCUUGGCAAUCAUUUGGACAUUCUGUGCUGGCAGUAGCAUUGCCAUUGCCCUCUUCUCCUAUGAAGCUGCAACAGUCAUUCCCUUCACUAUCCUGUUCCCUCUAAUGAUGUUUUUUAUACUGUGCCUCUAUGUCCACAUGUUCCUCCUGGCUCGUUCUCAUGCUAAAAUGAUUGCCUCACUGCCCACCAGCACAGUCCACCAGAGAACUAACAUGAAAGGAGCAAUUACAUUGACUAUUUUUCUUGGAGUUUUUCUUUGCUGCUGGGCCCCCUUUGUUCUUCACAUUCUCUUAGCAAGGUUUUGCCCACAUAACCCUUACUGUGCUUGCUAUAUGUCCAUUUUCCAUGUGAAUGGAACACUCAUAAUGUGCAAUGCAAUCAUUGACCCUAUGAUUUUUGCAUUCCGAAGCCCAGAAUUGAGGAGUACAUUUAAGAAGAUGUUCUACUGUUCCAGGUCAAACUGGAACUGGAACUGGUAAACGCUUAGUGAAAAAUGAAGAUUAUAGAAGCACCUGUGGAGUGCUGUGCAACAUCUGCUUGCAGAGUUAAAAAU